AACAAAACAAACAACAAAAUUCUUAAACCCUAAACCCUUCCCUAACUCUCGCACUCUCUCACACACACAGACUCAAAAGCCAUGGCGUCCAUGGCGAGAAGAGCCCACCCGCUCCUCUCCAACAUUCCACACUUCCUCACAUGGCGGUCCCUCGGCUUCCGCACCAUUUGCUGCGGUCGCCUCGGCUUCGCCACCCAGUCUCAGCCCGACCCGGACCCGGUCGUCGCAGGCACCAAGGUCCUCGAGACAUUCAGGGAGGAAUUCGAGAUUGGCUCGCGACUCAUCUCCUUCGAGACUGGCAAGAUCGCUCGCUUCGCUAAUGGCUCCGUCGUUAUGGGCAUGGACGAGACCAAAGUCCUGUCCACCGUCGCCUCUGCCAAAGGCGACGCCGUUCGCGAUUUCUUGCCACUCACUGUUGAUUAUCAAGAGAAGCAAUUUGCCCAAGGUGUUAUUCCAAAUACGUUCAUGAGGAGGGAGGGUGCUCCAAAAGAGCGCGAACUUUUAUGUGGUCGUAUUAUCGAUCGACCCAUACGACCCCUAUUUCCUGCUGGAUUUUACCAUGAGGUUCAGGUAAUGGCAAGUGUGCUUUCCUCGGAUGGAACACAAGAUCCUGAUGUAAUGGCAGCUAAUGCAACAUCUGCUGCGCUUAUGUUAUCAGAUAUUCCCUGGGGGGGCCCCAUUGGAGUGAUACGCAUAGGGAGGAUUUCUGGGAAAUUUAUUGUUAACCCAACGAUGGAUGAGCUUAGCUUAAGUGAUCUUAAUUUAAUAUAUGCCUGUACAAAGGACAAAACUUUAAUGAUUGACGUGCAAGCUCGUGAGAUCUCAGAAAAUGAUCUAGAAGCUGGGUUAAGGCUGGCUCAUCCUGAAGCAGUGAAAUAUCUUGAACCUCAAAUCAGACUGGCUGCUAAAGCUGGUAAGCAUAAGAAAGAAUAUAAAUUGUCUUUGAUUUCGGAUAGAACGUUGGAGAAAGUUGGUAAUUUGGCCGAAGCACCCAUAGAGUCUGUUUUUACUGAUCCUUCAUAUGGCAAGUUUGAACGUGGAGAGGCUUUAGAUAAGAUUACACAGGAUGUUAGGAGAUCACUUGAAGAAGAAUGUGAUGAAGAAAGUUUGAAAGUUCUACCCAAGACAGUAGAUACAGUGAGGAAAAAGGUUGUACGCAAAAGGAUUAUAAAUGAAGGAUUUAGAGUUGAUGGGAGGCAACUUGAUGAAGUGAGGCCUGUAUAUUGUGAAGCUGGUAGUUUUCCUAUACUGCAUGGGUCAUCAAUUUUUAAUCGUGGAGAUACUCAGGUUCUCUGUACUGUAACACUCGGAGCACCUGGAGAUGCUCAACGCUUGGAGUCCCUUGUCGGUCCCCCAACAAAGCGCUUCAUGCUUCACUACAGCUUUCCACCAUUCUCAAUAAAUGAAGUUGGCAAACGUGUUGGCCUGAACAGGCGUGAAGUUGGGCAUGGAACUCUUGCUGAGAAAGCUCUGCUUGCUGUGUUACCUCCUGAAGAUGAUUUCCCCUAUACGGUCCGUGUCAACUCAGAGGUCAUGGCCUCAGAUGGUUCAACAUCAAUGGCUACUGUCUGUGGAGGUAGUAUGGCAUUGAUGGAUGCUGGCAUUCCAUUACGCGAACAUGUAGCUGGUGUUUCAGUGGGUCUUGUUAGUGAGGUUGACCCAACAACUGGAAUGAUUAAGGAUUAUCGUAUAUUGACUGAUAUUUUGGGCCUGGAAGAUCAUCUAGGUGACAUGGACUUCAAAAUUGCUGGCACACGAAAAGGAGUUACAGCAAUUCAGUUGGAUAUAAAACCUGCUGGAAUUCCUUUAGAUAUCAUUUGUGAGUGUUUAGAGCCUGCAUAUAAAGGUCGUCUUCAAAUCCUUGACCAUAUGGAGCGGGAGAUCAAUGCACCACGUACUCAGAAUGAAAGGAAUUCUCCGCGUUUAGCUACCUUGAAAUUCAGCAAUGAUGCCCUACGCCGCUUGAUUGGGCCUCUAGGAGCUUUAAAAAGAAAGAUUGAAGAGGAAACAGGUGCACGAAUGUCUGUAAGCGAUGGAACACUUACCAUAGUUGCUAAGAAUCAAGCUGUAAUGGAAAAAGUAUUAGAAAAGGUUGAUUUUAUUGUAGGCCGUGAAAUUGAAAUCGGAGGGAUCUAUAAAGGUGUUGUAAGUUCAAUAAAAGAAUAUGGUGCAUUUGUGGAGUUUAAUGGUGGCCAGCAAGGCCUUCUACACAUUUCUGAGCUGUCACAUGAACCGGUCUCUCGGAUAUCAGAUGUGGUUUCUGUUGGCCAGCAGCUUUCUUUGAUGUGCAUAGGACAGGACGUUCGUGGUAAUAUUAAAUUAUCCCUUAAAGCUACUUCACCUCGACCAGGAGCCGACACAAAUAAUGUGGUGGACGGAUCUGUUCCACCUGUGAAAGAAGAACCUAAUAUAUGGGCAUCAGUUGGGGAUGUCUCUAAUGAACAAGAGAAUGAGAAUUCCCCAUUAGAGGAGUUGUCAGGGAGCAAAUCCGAAAUGAGUGGGGUAAACCCCUCUACUUCCUCAAUAUCACCAAUUCUGAUUAGAAGUGCUGCAGAGUGCGAUGAAGAGGAAAAAUCUGCUGCUUUGAGUCAGAAUCCCAUGAGUGCCACUAGUAAUGUUGGUGCUUCAAAAUCAAAUUGCAAGUCGAAAAAAUCGUCUCCUGAGGAUCAUGCAAAUGAGUCACCAUUUUCUAAUUCUGGUCUUUUUCCAACUAAGAAUGUUAAGAAGUCAAAACGUGUCUUGCAAAAGGAAGGAGAGAUAGAUUUCAAUUCUAUCCUCAAAAGUCUAGAUGCCGAUGGGAACAAGCACAAUUCAUCCCACACACAUACUAUGAAUGGCUCAACCGACCAGGAGGAUGAAGUUGAGGCUCCUAUAACUGCAAAAAAACUGAAGAUUGGAACGAAAGUUACUGCCAAGGUUUAUCAAAUUCGUGCACGUGGGUUGGUCCUUGAUUUGGGUGGAGGACUUCGUGGCAUGUAUCGGUUUGAGACUGAUGGAAAGGACUUUGAGGUAGGUGACGAGUUAAGAGUUGAGUGUUCAAGCUUUUCUAGCAAGGGGAUUCCAGUAGUAUCUUUGGUGGAUGAUCAAUAGUAUUAUGUCAGUGAUUCUUUUAUAAAUGAGAACAGCAAGAUAAAUGAUUUGAAGACGUUCCUGUUCUGCUUGGGAUAUGCUAAAUUUUGGCAAAUAUUUUUGCUGGAGAGUGCAGACAGAUGAAUUUUGCAUAUGUUCUUAUAUUCUGAUGGGAAAGGAGAGAGGACUUAGCAAGAUUUUAUGGCCUGCCUAAUCAGUAAGAAUAUCAGGAAUGCAGGCGCUUGGUUCAAGUUCAAUUCUAUAGGAAAGCUUCCCAAUUUCUGCGACCAGAUAACAGAGUUGUGUUUUAGAAAUACAAAACACAUGAUUAGGCAACUUGACCUAAAGUCCUGAUUAGGUAGGUAGGUAGGUAUCUUUUCUAUGCAUCUUAUUGUAAAUUUUGGUUUCUGUUUGUUAGUGAUACAUUAUAGCUACCUUUAACUCUAUCAAAAGGGAUGACAAAGUGCAUAUAUCUAUAGAGAAAACAGAGGAAUAUUACAAAUGAUGAUGGUUUUGACCUUUCAAACAAUUUUGUUCUUUCUAUGGUAAGUUCAUGUUGUUUGUUCUUCA